UUUUAUUUUGAAGGCAAAAGACCGUUUGACACAGGAUGUACUUUCUUUGCUCUCCUUUUGCAUGCCCACAGAAAACAUGGACACAUGGGGUUCUGCUUUUGCUGACUGAUAACUUGAAGUAGUCUCUCUCCCUUCAUUUUUCCUGCCCUCUGGAAUUUUAUUUGAUCCUCGACUGGACACCGUUGGUUUCUGUUUUUUACUCAAGCUGGCAAGGGAACGCGAAGUAUUUAAUUUAUAAUGUCACAGGCCACCAAACGCAAACACGUUGUCCAGGAAGUUCUGGGAGACUUUGUCACACCAACAGAAAACCAGCAGAUCGUAAAGGUUGUUGGUAGUCGUGGCAACAACCUCCAUGAAACCAUCACGCCUCAGGGCCAGACAUUCCUGGUGAGCAUGCCAACCAAGUUCCGCAAAAACAUCUGGAUCAAGAGAGGUGAUUAUGUGAUUGUGGAUCCUAUUGAGGAAGGAGAGAAGGUGAAGGCAGAGAUCAGCUUCAUACUCUAUAAAGAUCACAUCCAGCACCUGCAGAAACAGCAGCUUUGGCCAGAGGAGUUUAUGGAGGAACCGUCACCUCAGGAUAAACCAGACAAACAGCAGCAUAAGGACGAGGAAGCGGAGGAAAACGACGAAGAGCAGGACGGCAGUGAUACGGAGGAUGAUGAAGCUGACCUCUUUGUUAACACCAACCGUUGUAACUACCAGUACAGCGAGAGCGAGGAGAACGACAGCGAAGAGGAAGAUGAGGUGGAGGGAAGGACAGAAAAGUGACGCUCAAUGGCACAGGGGUUGGGGAGGACAAGAAACGGUGAAAGCGAAGCUCUGCCUCCUUCACAAACUGAUCGAUUGACUGAUUUGUUUCAAACAAAGGUCCUCGAGGUGGGGCUCGGUAUGUCUAGGCUUUGAGCUGCUUGGCUUGCUCAAUGAGACUCAAACUGAUCCUUAAAACACUGACGUGUUAACUCGGAGCUGAAAUUUUACUAAAGACACACUGGUUCCAUUUAUGGUGGGUUUCAAAUUCAUUUCAGAUUUGGACAAAGUAGAGCUAUUACUAAAUCUCAAACUCUAUUUUUACAUUUCGUUUCAUCAUCUUGAGUAGAACAAAGUUAAUCUGUUCGUUACUCCGAGCACUGUUUGAAAAUUACUGUUAAAUCAAAUGCAUUCCAGUCAUGUUUUUGUCAGUUCCACAUUUAAAAGCUUUUCUGAUGAUUUAAGUUCUGCACAAUGAAUCACAAAACCCGUGUGUGCUCAACACAGAGGGCCAGCUUUAUCCGAUCAUGUGUUUUAUGCAGAAUGUUUAAUUGAUUUCCCAUUUGAGCUGUGUUUUUUUUCCUUGUGGAAACAGUUGUGUUGAUUGAAUUGUUUGAAUAAAUUCAUGACAUAUUUCAUGACAUGCAUACCACUUCUAGAUUCU